AGCUUCAGGAGCGGCGGCAGCAGGUCCGAACUCAGGCCGAACCGAGCCCCUCUCUGCCGGACCCGAUCAUCACCGCGACCCCGGGGGGUGCUGACAGAUAUCGGGACCCGAGCCUCGCCAGACCCGGGACCGGUCUGCCGGAUUAAUCUGGACUCUUUGUGUGAACCGGGACCGUUAGACCACCGGUUGCUCCGCGGAGCUGCAGGGACUCGAGGCGGACCGUCUGACCCGGUUAGUUUGACCCGGAUCAGGUCUACCGGGUCAGUCGAUCCGGCUCCGCACCAUGCUGCCCGGACCCUGCAGACCUCGCGGACCCUGAUCCUGCAGAGACCCGCAACCCUCCGUCGCGGAGAUGCUGCAGCCCGGUGCCGCGCGGCGGGACGCGGACGCGGCAGAGCGGCUGCGCUCGAUGCGGGAGCGGCUGGAGGCCGCCGCGUCCGGGCUGGGGGAGCUGGAGCUCCUGCGGCAGCGGCAGGAGGUCCUGGUCCGGACCGCGCUGGACCUCUGGGAGGGGGAGGAGAAGGAGCAGGAGGAGGAGGUGAAGGAGGAGGAAGAGGAGGAGGAGGAGCAGGAGCGGCGGAGGCGCAGGGAGGCUCAGCUGAGCUCUGAGGAGAAGAUCCUGGAGGAGAACAUCCUGCUGCUCCGGAAACAGCUGGUAGGUCCUGACCUGUCUGCCUCAUGACCCCUGACCCCUGAGACCGCAGUCUGGGCUGCAGGACUCAGGUGUGUGUGUGUGUGUGUGUGUGUGUGUGUGUGUGUGUGUGUGUGUUAGGUCAGAGGUCAGGGGUGAAGACGGGGUCAGCAGUUUUUAAAAUAGAUACAUGAAGGGGGGCGGGGUUAAAGUGUGUGUACCUUUAAAUCAGUGACAUCAUCAAUCAAUCAGAUCAAUGGGGGGGGGGGGGGGGGGGCCAGGUGAGUUCAGGUUCAAGUCCUCUCAGGUAGACCGGAGUCUGAGCCCCGCCCCCUUCCCCCUCCUCAUUCCAAACGUAAACAUUCAUCGCCAUAGCAACACAAAGACGCGUCCAUGACGGCGUCUCUUUAGUAAACAGACGUCAUGUUCAGAACCUUCUGAUUGUUGGUGACUCACACGUCUGUAAACUCCUUUCCUUUUGGACGAGAGCCUGACCAAUCAGAGCUCAGCUCAGAGGAAGAUUUACGACUUCUGUCCGAUCUUUUUAAACCUCGUCGUUGGGAGACAAACGUCGACACAAACAGAACUUCCAUUUCUUUCUUGUUUCCUCUUCCUCCAUUUUUGUCGGCGCACUUCCUGUAACCCCGCCGUCAGUGACCAGCGGUGCAGACUGAUUAUUCCAGUGUGAACAGGUCAGUUCUGAUUGGUUCUGAUCCGACCCUCUUCUGUAUGUGGAUAUAAAUCAGAUAUCUGAUGUGACUGCAGUGUGACGCUCAGGUCGGGUUUAUCCGACCUUUACGUCAUCAAUAUGAGACAAACGUCACCGUUGAUCGACACAAACAGGCGCAGAGAGAUAUUUGUAUUCAUGAGGGUCACUUCACGGACGCCGUCGUUUGUAACGUGAACGACGCACAAAAAGAUCGGAUUGAACAGAAAAUCUACAGAGAGAACGUAAGAGUCCGAAAAUCUGAGAGGAUCCAGAACAGAGACCUGGGGGGGGUCUAAUGUAGUCUAUUCAAACACACACACACUCACACAGACACACACACACAGACACACACAGACACACAGACAGACACACACACACACACACACACACACACAGACAGACACACACACACACACACACAUAGACACACACAGACAGACACACACACACACACACAGACACACACAGACACACACAGACAGACACACACACACACACAGACACACACACACACACACACACACACACACAGACAGACACACACACACACACACACACAGACACACACAGACACACACAGACAGACACACACACACACACAGACACACACACACACAGGGUAAACAGAUGAUGACAUCAUCGUCUGCUCGUCUCUGAAAUAUUUUCCUGAUUAAAGUUUAUUCAUCUUUUUAAAGACAUCCUGAUGUCAUAACUCUGUGUGUGUGUCUGUGUGUGUGUGUGUGUGUGUGUGUGUGUGUGUGUGUGUGUGUAUGUGUGUGUGUGUGUGUGUCUGUGUGUGUGUGUGUGUAUGUGUGUGUCUGUGUGCAUGUGUGUGUGUUGAGGAGGUUUUAUGUUUGACCAGAAUUAACUCCUCUGGUCUGUUCCUCAGCCCCCCUGCGGCUCAGAGAGGAUGCUGGGAGAUACAAUGAUUCCAGGUGUGUGUGUCUGUGUGUGUGUGAGUGAGUGUGUGUGUGUGUGUGUGUGUGUGUGUGAGUGUGUGUGUGUGAGUGUGUGCGAUCACCUGCUGAUUCUCUGAACAAACCGACCGGAGAGAGUUCAUUAUCUGAGAGCUGCUUCAGGCCACAACACGCCUCUUUAAUUAAACACACACACAUACACACACACACACACACACAGACACACACACACACACACACACA